UGUAUUCUUUGCUUUUUUUCUUGUUUGUUUUGCUUAAUUUUUGACCGACUUCUGAGACAACAUCAAUAAAAAAGACGACCAACAACAGCAACAACAAUAUGGAUGCCGAGGCGCCAGCACAGCUAGAGAAAAAUCAGACUGCGGUAGUUCCGAAACAGGAAACCGCGGAUGGAGGAGCCACUGGGGAAACUGCAGGUGGAGGUGAAGCAGCCAAGGCUCCCAAGAAAGUGGACCACGAUGCCGAUUAUCAUCCGCCGACAAGCUAUUUGGAGACCAUUGUACACCUGUUCAAGGGGAACAUCGGACCCGGUCUCUUCGCCAUGGGGGAUGCGUUCAAGAACGGCGGUCUGCUGGUGGCCCCCAUUCUGACCAUUGUGAUCGCGGUGGUCUCCAUCCACUGCCAGCACGUCCUGGUCUCCUGCUCCAAGAAGAUGCGGGACCUCAAGGGGGAGGCCGUGUGCGCGGACUACGCCCAAACGGUGGAGCAGUGCUUCGAAUUGGGUCCACCCAAGCUGAGGGGCUGGUCCCGCACAAUGGGUCGUCUGGUGGACAUCUUCAUUUGCGUCACCCAGUUGGGCUUCUGUUGCAUCUACUUUGUGUUCAUCAGCACGAAUCUGAAGCAGAUCCUGCAAGCCUACGAGAUCGAUAUGAAUGUCCACCUGGUGAUGCUGCUGGCCUUCGUGCCCGUGCUCCUCAGUUCGCUGAUCACGAACCUCAAGUGGCUGACGCCCGUCUCGAUGUUCGCCAACCUGUGCAUGAUCCUCGGCCUGGCCAUCACCUUGUACUAUGCCCUCAAGGACGGACUGCCGGAGGUCGGGGAACGCGCCCUCUGGACGAACGGCUCCCAGCUGGCCCUCUUCUUCGGCACCGCCAUCUUCGCCUUCGAGGGCAUCGCGUUGGUGAUGCCGCUGAAGAACGCCAUGCGCAAACCGCAGCAGUUUGAGCGACCCCUGGGCGUCCUCAAUGUGGGCAUGUUCCUCGUCUCCGUCAUGUUCAUGUUCGCCGGAUCGGUGGGCUAUAUGAAGUGGGGCGAGCAGGUCGGCGGCAGUCUGACCCUCAAUCUGGGCGAUACCAUCUUGGCUCAGGCAGUCAAACUGAUGGUCUCCGCCGGCGUUCUUCUCGGCUAUCCCUUGCAAUUCUUCGUGGCCAUCCAGAUAAUGUGGCCAAGUGCUAAGCAGAUGUGCGGCAUCCAGGGACGAUCGCUGCUCGGCGAGCUAAGCUUCCGCACAUUCAUGGUGCUGCUGACCCUUGCCAUCGCCGAAAUGGUGCCAGCGUUGGGACUUUUCAUCUCGCUGAUCGGAGCUCUAUGCUCCACGGCUUUGGCCCUCGUCUUUCCGCCCGUCAUCGAACUGAUCGCCAGGAGCGAACAGAAUAAGGGACCCGGAUUGUGGAUUUGCGUGAAGAACCUCGUCAUCCUGGUGCUGGCACUGCUGGGAUUCUUCACCGGCUCCUACGAGAGUCUCAAGCAGAUUAUCAAGCACUUUGGGGAGGAGGAACUGCACUGAGGAUAGAUCAGAAUGGACCAUCACAGAAUAUUAUCACCAUAGUAUCAUUACUAAAAUAGCAGAGGAUCUACCAAGAUUAUUUACAAACUUAUCAGAGGAUAUUGCAGUACUAAAUCAAAGUAUUUCAUGGAACAUUAACAGAUUACUAUUAAGAUAUCAUGAUCUUGAUACAAAUAAUUACAAAAUAUCUAUACAGGAAUAGCACAAGAUCAUUAGUAUCAUAACCUCAAAGUAACAUCAAAGCUUUAUCUAGAGAUUAUGGAAAAUCCUAUCACCAGUUAUACCAAAUAAAUAAAACAGGAUCACAACAGCAAUCACAGCAACAUCACAGGAAUAAAUUAAUCAAAAAAUAGCAAUCGAAAACAUUAUGGAGCAAUAUAAUAUGUACCUAUCUAUUAAUCCUUAGUUAUUUAUAUAACUUGUUUGCGAAUUUAUUAUCAACAAAACAAACACCCAAAACAUGUUUAUACCUAAGUGACUUUCUUUGUGUCUUAGUGAGCGUGCAGCGCAUUUUACUUAUUAUAAUUGAUUAUUUUUUUUUAUAGAUAUUAAGUGAGAAUAAACGAUGCGACGUUCGUUUUGACGUCAUCGCAAAAUGACAA